AUGUUCAACGUCGGCCGUCAUAUCGUCAUUCUGCCAGAAACGCUCAAGUUAGACAUGGAAACAGAUGAAAUAGGCAUCCACUUACACAGUAUGGAGAUACUAACCCAAUUGCCCUUGCUACCUUCAGUGUACUAUGAACGUGAUGAAGUGCGAAUCACAAGGAGGCACGGGCUGGAGGUGUAUCAAUGGUGGAUACCCCGUCUUCGUCUCUGGAAGUCAGCCUAUUCCAGCAAUGAUUACGCUUCUCUAGCGCAUCCAGCGCUAGAACAGAGCCACAACCACGCACCCCGUCAUUCGUCAGGGGCUAGGCCGUCCGUCAUGCGAAUCUUCCCCGAAUAUCUUUGGAACAUUUCCACUGGGACAGGAACCAAACCAGACAACCCCUCCUCAAGGCGCAGCAGGCUUCUUGAGGCUUGGUUUUAUCAACGCGCCGGUUUGAUAGUAGACGUCCUUUUCCAAGCAUCACCGGGCCUCAGGGCAUGCCCUUACGCAAGCCGAAUGUGCAGAUAUGAUCUAACAAGUACCUUUACGUACAGUCCGACGACGCAGUCCAGGAAUCCAGGACCCCGAACGAAGAAAGCGGGGGCCCUAUAGACAUCCGAUAACCAAGCGUACCUUUUACCUUAUCUCUCGACCUUCCAUCUUAUUUUUCGCAAUCCAUCCCGCUUCCCCAG